GAUCGGAAGUGACGCAACUCCUUUUCGUGCUUGAAACAUGCUUGAAUGGAGGUGACCUUAGUUUAAUAGGUUCGUUAGGAAACUCGGUGACGGUACACGCACCUGUGGUGUUCGUGGACUUUAGAGUGUCGUUUGUUUCUGUCAAGGAAGUUUCGCUUGUUUACGAACGUGAGAAGAUGGCAGAGGCUCAUCAGACACGCGUGCAGAAUGUGGUUGAAGAAAUGGUUCAGAGUCUGGAGAAGGAGCACAUCCGUAAGAUGCAGGGACGCAUGUUCAAGUGCAGCGCAGACUGCUGUGAUCGCCCCACAGAUUCCAUGUCUCAGGUGCAUCAGUGCAUCGAGCGAUGUCACACUCCUCUGGCACAAGCUCAGAGCCUGGUAACCUCAGAGCUGGAGAAGUUUCAGGAUCGUCUCUCUAGAUGCACCAUGCACUGCAACGACAAAGCCAAAGAUCUUUUCGACUCCGGUGCAAAGGAGCCAGCUGUCCGCUCUCUGAUGGACCGCUGUGUGGGCAGCUGCGUAGAUGACCACAUUGCCUUGAUACCAAGCGUUACCAGGAGACUCAAGGAAAAUUUGGACUCUAUACCGCAGUGAGGAUCAGGAUAAUAGCUGUAGGUGGUGCUUGUUGACAUCUGACUUCAGUUGAUGAGAAAACUGAACUGAGAUUUAGACCUGAAGGUUUUAGACCAGUUAAAAUUUGAUCCAUUUGGUUUGAAGGUUAGAGCUGCACCUGAUGUCAUGCAUUCAGUUUCCUUUGAAGAGGCUUACUGCUGUUGAAUCAACAAAGCUGAUCAAAAAAACUUACAAUAAACCUUAAUGUUUUUA